AGCAGCAUCACCGCCUCUCCAGUCACGACAGAGCUGCGGCCGAUCUGCAGCUCCUCAACAUCCACUUAUUUUUAACUAGACAUGCAAAUUUUUGUAUUAGCUCGAUAGUUUUUUUUACACUGUAAACCUAACAUAGCUUGAAUUUUAAUUUAAGACUUAAUUGCUAGCAUAGUUAGCGGCUGUGAAAAUGAGCUCCAACACGCACGUCGUUCAGGUGACAAAUGUUUCCCCGAGCACAACGUCCGAACAAAUGAGGAGUCUUUUUGAAUUCCUCGGAACCAUAGAGGAGCUCAAACUGUUUCCACCUGAUGACUCUCCCUUGCCUGUGACUUCACGUGUCUGUUUUGUAAAGUUCCGUGAGCCCGAGUCGGUGGGAGUGUCUCAACACCUGACGAACACCGUUUUUGUGGACAGAGCUUUGAUCGUGGUCCCCUUUGCUGAAGGAGUUAUUCCUGAUGAAUCUAAAGCCAUGUCGCUCCUGGCUCCAGCCAACGCUUUGGCAGGAAUGCUGCCUGGUGGAGGCCUUCUUCCAACACCUAAUCCUCUUGCAUCGAUGACAGCUACACCAUUUGGAGGUCUUGGCGCUCACAACUUGGAACAAAUGGCUGCCAUGGGAAUUGCACCUAGCAUGAACCAACAGACUCUUUCGGCAGACUUUUUGAAGCUCAUGCAGUCUAUGGAUCCAAAACUAAAUCCAUUAGCCGCCGGGCUGGGCUUGACUUCUGGUCUAAAACCAGAUUCUGCCAACAAGGAGAUCGAAGAGACCAUGAAGAAAGUCAGAGAGGCUCAGUCUCUGAUUUUAGAUGCUAUUGACCCUGGAAGUAAGAAAGAUGAGAAGCGCAAACGUUCCCGUUCGCGGUCACGGCGCAAACGGUCCAGGACUCCAUCAAGGCACAGACGUUCAAGGAGCAGGUCUCAGCAUAUGUCUCAUUCAAGAGCUUCAAGAAGUAAAAGAAGGUCCAAGAGCCCCCGGAGGAGGAGGACUUACUCUCAGGAAAGAAGUCGUCGAAGUAGAUCUAGGGAUCGGAGGAAGGAAGAAAAGCCUAAGAAAAGGUCAAAGACGCCCCCUAAGAGCUACAGCAGUGCCAGGAGGUCUCGAAGCAUCAAUCGGAGGCACAGGCGAAGUCGCAGUGCUUCCAGGUCACCCAAGAGAAAGCCGUCCAGGUCUCCAUCGCCCAGACGCCACAAGAAGGAAAAAAAGAAGGACAAGGGCCGUGAGAAGGAGCGGGAUAGAGACAGGAGGGAGGACGGGGACCGUAGCAGAGAGCCAGAACGCUCAACCAGCAGGAAAAAGAACAAGGAGAAAGAGCGAGAACGGGACCGGAUGUCUGACAGCGAGAAAGAAGAUGUGAAGGUGACCCGGGACUACGAUGAGGAGGAGCAAGGUUACGACAGUGAAAAGGGAGAGGAAGAUGAUGAGAGGAAGAGCGACUCCGAUUCUGUCACGUCUCCUAAAGGUCACGAGAUCGAGAAAAAUGCAGCUCGGAUCUCUAAGAAAUCCAAACUAAAUGGUGACGACCAUCAUCAGGAGGACAUGGAGAUGAGCGACUGAGAUUCCUGAGACAAGUCGUGUUUUUUCACUGUUUUUAUAUUCUAAUGUAUUCCACAUGUCUGUGCCUGACCCCACAACGUUAACAAGUUUGUGUCUUAAUUGUAGAAACAAUUCUGAUUUUUAUUUUUAUUUUUUAAGACACACACUAAUACAGAUAACAUGAAAAAUUGUUUUAAACUUCUGUGUCUGUAAAAAGAUUUUGAUUUAGCUAAGUCCUGACAGUAAAAUGUAUCUAAAAGCUGUACUUGUACCAUGUUUUGUUUUGGGGGUUACCCACUUAAUGCACUGUCGAACUUCAGCUGCACAUCUUCAGUUUGGAUUGUAGAUAGAAAUGUGUUACAGUGAAAUACACAAGUCUCAAAUAGAUUUUCCAAAGGAAACAAAUAAAAGUGGGGUAAACU